AUGUCGUACUUUCGACCUCGCUGCACGUGACUGGACUUCAAUCUUCUGGGCGUUUCCAUGGUGACAUCAGCAGGCUGCCGUGAGCUGACACGUACGGUUUUGUUUAAGAAAAAAAACUUAACUGUAAAGCCGAGAAAAGGAAACAGCUCGUAACAGAGAGAGGAGACAGCGUUUCAUCAGAAGUCUCAUCAGAUCUCAGUCCCUGAUUUCAUCAUGAACGUGUUUGACCGCAGCAUCAACAUUGAUGCCCUCUUCAAGUUCUCCCAAAUAUCUCAUUCCACCCAGGUGCACUUGAAGAAUGUGUACUCAAGCUUGGCAGUUUGUAUGUUUGUGGCCGCUGCCGGCUCCUACGUCCAUGUCGUCACACGCCUCUUUCAGGGUGGUGUGCUGUCUGUGCUUGGAUCCCUGGGGUUGAUGUUCUGGCUUGCCAUGACCCCCCACAACCCUGAGACAGAGAAGAAGAGACUGGCUAUCCUCGCAGGAUUUGCCUUCCUCACAGGUGUUGGCCUUGGACCCACACUGGACUUUGUCAUCUCUGUCAAUCCGAGUAUCAUUGUGACCGCCUUCAUGGGAACCUCUGUGAUUUUCAUCUGCUUCACUCUCAGCGCCCUCUACGCCAAACGCAGGAGCUACCUGUUCCUUGGAGGCACACUCAUGUCCGGCCUUUCCAUCCUGUUCCUGAUGUCUCUGAUGAACAUGUUUUUUGGAUCUAUGAUUCUGUUUAAGGCACACAUGUACCUGGGGCUGCUCAUCAUGUGCGGUUUUGUCCUGUUUGACACUCAGCUCAUCAUCGAGAAAGCAGAGAACGGGGACAAGGACUACGUCUGGCACUGUGUGGACUUGUUUCUUGAUUUCAUCACCAUCUUCAGGAAACUGAUGGUCAUCCUUGCCAUGAACGAUAAGGACAAGAAGAAGGAGAAGAAGUAAAGAGUCUUUGAGUAGCAGGAAAUUAAAAACAAUCAGAAAAGGCACAAUUUGCAACGCACUUGGUGCUUUUCACUUUCUGUCUUCAUUUUGAAAUUUAACUCCUAUGUGGUCUUACAUUGUUGAAAAUUCUUUGAUUUAUCAUAUACUUUUUUCUAAACUUACAACAA